AGAGUGGGGGGCUUUUCAUAACAAGUGCAAAAUAUAACAAUCACCACUCUAUCCAUAAACAUGUCUGUCCCUGAUUUUAGGCUCCUCUGUUUCACUUCCCUGCAAUAAUAAUAUCCAUAACACACAGACCAGACCAAACCAGACCAGUCUAUCUAUCUCUUCAGAUAAAAAACAAGUAGCCCUGUAGUAACUUGUUUAAAUAUCUGAGCAAGACAAUCCAGUGGAGCAGAAAGGCUGAGAGAGUUUUUUCUUGAGUCCAGGUGGGUGUGGCUUUCAGGCUAUGGCUACUAUCACAGCUGCUAGUAGCCCUUGUUGGAUGAAUCAUCAUCAUCAUCAUUACCACUCUUUUCACACACUUUCCUCUUCUUCAAGACUCUCCCAGUUCAAUUCUCUAUCAUACCCUGCUCUCUAUAGUCACAGUAACAAUCCCAAAUUCUCUUUAAUCAGAUGCCAAUCAACUGAUACCGAAGACAAAACAAAGAGGACCUUGCUGGAUAAUGCAAGUAAUUUGCUCACUAAUUUGCUAAGUGGGGGAAGUCUAGGAACUAUGCCUAUUGCUGAGGGUGCAGUCUCUGAUCUGUUCGACCGUCCGCUGUUCUUCUCAUUGUAUGACUGGUUUAUAGAGCAUGGCUCGGUGUAUAAACUUGCUUUUGGACCAAAAGCAUUUGUUGUAGUGUCAGAUCCCAUCGUGGCAAGACAUAUACUUCGUGAAAACGCAUUUUCUUAUGACAAGGGAGUUCUUGCCGAUAUUCUAGAACCAAUAAUGGGGAAAGGAUUGAUACCCGCUGAUAUUAGCACAUGGAAACAGCGGAGAAGAGUUAUUGCACCUGGGUUUCACACUUUAUAUUUGGAAACAAUGGUUAAAGUUUUUACAAGUUGUUCUGAGAGAACAAUUUUGAAACUUGAAAACCUUCUAGAGGAAAGGAGCUUGACUGGACAAGAGACAGUUGAAUUGGAUCUUGAAGCAGAAUUUUCGAAUUUGGCACUUGACAUUAUAGGACUUGGUGUUUUUAAUUAUGAUUUCGGUUCUGUCACUAAAGAGUCCCCCGUGAUUCAGGCGGUGUAUGGGACACUUUUUGAAGCUGAGCAUCGUUCUACUUUCUAUAUUCCUUACUGGAAAGUUCCUCUAGCACAAUGGGUGGUUCCCAGACAAAGGAAGUUCCAAAAAGAUCUGAAGGUGAUCAAUGACUGUCUUGAUGGUCUCAUCAAAAAUGCAAAAGAGACGAGGGAGGAAACAGAUGUUGAGAAAUUGCAGCAAAGGGAUUAUGUCAAUCUUAAGGAUGCAAGUCUUCUACGUUUCCUAGUUGAUAUGAGAGGAGCCGAUGUUGAUGACCGCCAACUAAGAGAUGACUUGAUGACAAUGCUUAUAGCUGGCCAUGAAACAACAGCUGCUGUCCUUACUUGGGCUGUUUUCCUCCUCGCACAGCAUCCUGCCAAAAUGAAGAAAGCUCAGGCAGAGAUUGAUUCUGUUCUUAGUCAAGAGAAGAUAACCUUUGAAUCAGUUAAAAAACUAGAGUACCUGCGUCUUAUUGUUGUGGAGGUUCUGCGCUUAUAUCCACAGCCUCCAUUGCUUAUUAGACGUUCCCUCACAUCGGAUCAGUUACCAGGAGGUUAUAAUGGAGACAAAAAUGGUUACAAUCUUCCAGCUGGAACUGAUGUUUUCAUUUCUGUAUAUAAUCUUCAUAGAUCUCCAUACUUCUGGGACAAGCCCGAUGAAUUUGAACCUGAGAGGUUUCUAGUUCAGAAACAAAGUGAAAUCGAUGGGUGGGCUGGUUUUGAUCCAUCUAAAAGUCCUGGAGCAUUAUACCCAAAUGAGAUUAUAUCCGAUUUUGCCUUCUUGCCAUUUGGCGGAGGGCCAAGAAAAUGCGUGGGAGACCAAUUUGCACUCAUGGAGUCAACUGUAGCAUUGGCAAUGCUGUUACAGAAGUUUGAUGUUGAGCUCAGAGGAUCUCCAGAUUCAGUUGAACUGGUUACAGGGGCAACCAUGCACACAAAGGACGGACUAUGGUGCAAAGUUAAGAAGAGAUCUAGUGUUCAUUGAAUGAGGCUUUGUAGGCAGAAAUAGCGAGCUCUGGAGAAUGGUGGUGUUUGGCAAAUAAGCCAUAACCAAAAUAAGCCCUUAUUUUAUCUUAAAAAAUGAAUUUUGUUAUAAUUUUUUUGGAUAUAAAUGUUAAAAAGGUGUUUUAUA